CCCCCUCGACUUCAAGCUGGUAUCACUUCUUGCAUUCAUACGGUGCCUUUAUAGCCUAUAUAACCAAUGUACCCAAGCCUACUUUAAACCAGGACGCUUCUAUAUGAGCAACACUGGGCAUUUUUCUGGGCACACGGGGAGAUUCUAGCUGGAAUAUUCUUAGCUUAGUAGAAAGGGAUGCUGCUAUCGAGUCGAGUCUUGCACUCUUUGAAGACCUCGAAAUAUCGAAAUUGCAUGGUCACUGAAUCACCAUUGGUAGACCAACAUCCACACACCCAGAACAAGUAUUAGACAUUCUAUAACUUCAAAAUGAUUAGUUCUCUUGGCUAGAUAAACGGACUUGUACGUAAUGAGUACUUGAGGUAGACUGAUGGGAGAAGACACUGUUGCAUGCAAGAUACGAUGGAAAAUAUUUAAGAAUGGAAUGAAUUGAUAAACUAAAACCUGAUAAAGCCACAUUGUGUUACAUCAGUUCCCUCUGUUUUCAGUGGCAAAUAACGUGUAGCAUUUGGUUCAGGUGAUUAGAAAAAAAACCAUUUGGCCCGCCCAGAGGCUGGACCGGAAAGACUGUUGAUCCCGAAAUGGGGUCAUCACUCAGGUCUUCGGUCUUGUGACCUCAACGGUCACAGGCCUACCGAGAAUGCUGCCCCGGUUCAGGGAGGAAACAGCUCGCUGCUGUUCAGCAGCAGUCUCCAACCCUACAAACACGAUCCCCCUCGACUUUGGGAAGUUCACGCGACCAACAGCAAACCCUCCGAAGAAAUCCCGGAUAUGAGACUCCUUUGCGUCGUAAUGAAGACCUUUGAUAAUGACAUCAAAGGUCUUCUUAUUGCGCCAGUUCUGCCCGGGUUUCACGACUCGAUCCGAGGAAUGUGCGGUAUCGGUGUUCACCGGUGAAGCGUUGCGAUUCUGCUUCUUUUUCCCGAAUGGCGACACCCACAUCUUGUUACCUCGGAACCUGAAGCCGUUCUGAUAUUUGCUCAGGAUGAGAGCAGCAUCGUCGGGAUUCAGGAAUACGAUCGCAGAAUUACCGUUCGGGGGGAAGUUCACAUUAUGAAUGUCAACAUCCGGAAAGAUCUGAGCGAUGGCUUCCUGCGUAGCCAAAUCUUUGGGAACCGGGCGUAGAAAGAACGCGCCCUUAGUCUUCGUGGCUCGGUCCUUCUUUUCGGGAAUGAUCAGGUCCAUCUCUUCAUCCGCAACCAUUUUGACGUACACGGUGCGAGAUCGGAAAUAUUCACCAUUCCAUUGCUCGGCAAACUCACGAGCGUGUUCGAGGUUCUCCAUUCGCACAAGGAUUUCCCCGGGGGCUUGUACUUCGGCGUAGACGUACUUGAGGCUUUCCUUGAUAUCCUCCUCGUCACCUUCAUAAGCGUCAGGAUCCGGAACCAAGUAAAGUUCCUGACUGUCUCCGAUCAUCGCGUUGAGGUAUUUACGCUCACUCUCUACAAGAAAGGACGAGCAGAGUAGGGUCGAAGAGGCGAUUUUUGCGUUUUCCUUCUUCUCUCGGAGAAAAGUACUGAGAUUCGGACCGUAAAUCCACUCGUUAGGAGCUGGAACGUCCUUUUCAUCGAUGAAGCGUCCUCCGCUUGCUCCUCGGUUUCGAAUUCAGCAAAGGCGUAAACGCUCUCUAAGUGGAUGUCCUUCAAGCCCUUGCAAGAUUCGAACAGUGCACGAACGGUGAUGGCCCCAAUAUUGCCAGGUAAAUUCUCGACCUUGAUGAACCUCGAAACAGAUUGUUCAGGCCCAGCUAUAGUCUCGAAGUGCGAAGCCGGAACGAGGCCAUCUUCAUGACCAAUGCCGCGACGAUCGAAAGUCGUAACGGCUUGAAUAGGUGCCGUGAUACCUUCACCGUUCUUGCCGAGGCCUUGUCCCUCUUCAUGGCCGUAUUUUGCCAUCAUCUUCUGGGCGAAGCUGAGUUUUGGUUUAGAUGGCUCAGACAUUGUUGGAAUCUGGUAUGUG